AACCAUGAGUGGUGUAGCUAUUACAACUUGGUAGAUUCUUUUUUGUAUUGAGACCCCUGGAGAUGGGUAUGUUUUUCUGCAUAUUACGUCUAGAAGAUGCACCUGGUUGAUGGAGAACUUUCUGAGGAAUAUUUUUGACCAAGUGUUCUUGAAAGGUGGACUGCAAAAGACAUUAUUUAAAAUUCUUAGGAGAGAAACCUGAAAGGAAAUACAAUGGCUGUAAGCAUGGAUGAUGAUGUUCCCCUCAUUCUCACUUUGGAUGAAAGUGGAAGCAACACCUCAGCAGUCAAUGAGCUGGAUUCAGAGGACUUUCCUAAUGAAAAUGGAGGCAGCUGUGAUCUUGUUAAUGAUAUGUCUAGCCCAGCAACAGGGGACUGCUAUUCUCAGCAAAGAUCUACCAGAGACAACUGGGAAAUGAAGUACCAAGAGGCAGCAAUCUACCUCCAGGAAGGAGAAAACAAUGAUAAAUUCUUCACCCACCCCAAGAAUGCCAAAUCGUUGGCUGCCUAUCUCUUUGUACACAAUCACCUUUUCUAUCUAAUGGAGCUGACGCCAGCACUGCUGCUCCUGCUGCUAUCUCUCUGCGAGGCCCCCGCCGUCCCCAUUCUUCGCCUUGGCAUCUAUAUCCAUGCAACCUUGGAACUCUUUGCAUUAGUGGUUGUGGUGUUUGAACUUGCUAUGAAGAUGAGAUGGAUGGGCUUCUACACUUAUCUCCGACACAAAAGAACCAUGGUUAAGACCUGUGUGCUGUUGGUGCAAUUUGUAGAGGCAAUAGUGGUGUUGGUGCGUCAGACCUCUCACUUCCGGAUAACAAGAGCUUUGCGGUGUAUCUUCUUGGUGGACUGUCGCUAUUGUGGAGCUGUCAGAAGAAACCUGCGACAGAUCUUCCAGUCUCUCCCUCCAUUCAUUGACAUCCUCCUCCUCCUCCUUUUCUUCAUGGUGAUCUUUGCCAUCCUAGGUAAGUUUUUUUUAUCUAUUUUCCCCUCGGAUCCCUAUUUCAAUACCUUAGAGAACAGCCUGGUGAAUCUCUUUGUUCUUCUUACCACUUCAAAUUUUCCUGAUGUUAUGAUGCCAUCUUACUCCCAGAGCCGCUGGUCCUGUGUCUUCUUCAUAGUGUAUCUCUCCAUUGAGCUCUACUUCAUUAUGAAUUUGCUUCUUGCUGUGGUUUUUGACACAUUCAGUGAUAUUGAAAAGAGGAAGUUCAAGUCUCUACUGCUCCACAAGCGCACAGCCAUUAAACACGCCUACUCACUUAUUAGCGAGCAGAGGUCUUCUGGUAUCUCCUUCAAACACUUUGAAGGGCUGAUGCGAUUUUAUAAGCCUCGGAUGCGCACCAGAGAGCAUUAUCUUACUUUCAAAGCACUGAAUCAAAGCACUACACCUUUAUUGAGUUUAAAGGAUUUCUACAAUUUCUAUGAAGCUGUUAGCUUAAAGUGGAAGGCAAAACCAAACCGCGAGCACUGGUUUGAUGAUCUUCCACGGACAGCAUUUCUUAUUUUUAAAGGUAUUAACAUUCUGGUGAAGUCCCAAAGAUUCCAGUAUUUAAUGUAUACUGUGGUGGCUGUGAAUGGGAUCUGGAUUCUUAUUGAAACCUUCAUGCUGCCAGGUGGGAGCGUCUUCAGAAGAGAUGUCUCUUGGAGUUACAUCAUCUUCCUCCCAAUCUCUGGAGCAGAGGUGCUUCUGAAAAUCAUUGGCCUGGGACCUAUUGAAUAUCUGUCCUCUGGAUGGAAUCGCUUCGAUUUUGCAGUCACUCUGUUUGCAUUUCUGGGUCUCCUGGCAAGGGAGUUUAACAUGUCAUUUUACUUCAUCGUUGUCCUGCGACUUCUUCAGCUGCUGAGGAUUUUUAAAUUGAAGAAGCGCUACAGGAAUGUCCUGGACACAAUGUCUGAGUUGUUCCCGAGGAUGGCCAGCCUGGGUUUAACCCUGCUUAUCUUCUACUACUCCUUUGCCAUUGUCGGCAUGGAAUUCUUCUCUGGGGUUGUCUACCCAAACUGCUGCAACAUGAGCACAGUGGCAGAUGCCUAUCGCUGGGUGAAUCACACAGUUGGCAACAAGACAGUUGUGGAAGAAGGUUAUUUCUAUCUCAACAACUUUGACAACAUUUUGAACAGCUUUGUUACGCUGUUUGAGUUCACAGUAGUCAAUGAUUGGUACAUCAUCAUGGAAGGGGUGACCUCACAAACCUCUCACUGGAGCCGCCUCUACUUCAUGAUUGUCUACAUUGUGACAAAGGUGGUGAUGCUGGAGGCUUUUGUGUUCCACAUGAACUACACCCGAAAGAACCAAGACUCAGAAGAAGAAAAUGGCAUUGUCCUGGAGAAGAUCAUCUCCAAGGAAGAAAUGGAAGCAGUAAUCAAGCGUUACAGACGGAAUUGUCCUGCCUCUGAAAUCUCUGAGUUGCAGAACGUUGCACAAAUAGACAAAGACAGGCAAAUAUCGAUACUGUUUCAGGGACGGAGAUCAAGGACCAAAAGUGACUUAAGUAUGAAAAUGUAUGAAGAGGAGAUACAGGAGUGGUAUGAAGAACAUUCCAGAAAAGAAGAAAACCAGCAGCAAGACGUCUUCCCAUCCAGAACCCCUCUGCCAGCUUCAGGCCUCAGGCAGCGUUCUCAGACAAUUAUCUAGGCCAAACUAGUGCAAGCCAUUCGUCUAUGCAAUAACCUAAUAGUAUUAUUUUAGUGUGUGUGCGUGUGUGUGUGUGUGGAUCUCUUCAGUGUAUAUCAGUUAAGUUUUGGUUUUAAACAUCUCUUCCCCUGGAAGACAUCAUGAGUGCUUUUCAUAGUUUCAAAGCAAAACACCCAGAGGACUCAAAAUAGGAUUGUUGGAACAAAAAAUAUAUAAAAUCUUGAGCACAACCAUAUCUCUGUCACUGACUAUUGAGCAUCUACUACAGAAUACUUUGUUGUCCUUCCAGUCCUAGACGUCACCAAUAUGGACCUAUAAAUUGUUUUACUAGUCAGAAACCACUGGUGGGGUAUUUAAUCCUUUGAAAGAAGGAAAUAAUGCUGACCCCACCUGCUAAUACUCAAGUGCUUAAAAUAUAUGUAACAUUAAUUCUUAAAUAAAAGGAUCAGGGAGCAAGUUUAUUUCCCUUCCCAUCUAGUACCCAGCAAGGGGGAAGGGUGAGACAUUAACCGCUUUAUUCUGAAUCUGCCUCUUCCUAUCUACCUGGCUUAUUGACCAUUCUAGAGAUGCUACCAGUAGCAGUUUUAUUCCUGCAGAGCCCAUCCAACCGCUCUGAUAUAUUCUUUGGAGGGUGGCUCUCUAGGACUGAGUUCCAGCAGUUCUUUGGAUCCUUACAAAAAGUUGUAAGACAUGGCAGAGUUCUGGAGCAGUGCCCUUGCUCAAGUUGUCGACCAUCUCCCCAGUGUUCAGUACAAAUGUCUGGGCUGUGCUAUUUCACAUAACCAUCAAACUCAGGCUGUCUUGGUUAGUGGGUGAGAUACAGGGGGGUGAUUGAGCCUUUGCCAUUCCACCAUCCAGUUUCUCAGCAGAAGAGCUGGGCCUGGUGUAAAAAUGAGAUAGGCUUCUGCAGCACCAGGUUAGUGACUUAGCUUCAUGUAGGACUGGAUCGAAGACAUCUGGGGCAGAAUGUGAACAUGUGGGUGCCCAAUGCCUCUGCAAUCACCAGUAGGAGUAAUGCCUCCUCUGAUUCCCCAGGCAGAUUGUGACCACAUGGGAACCUUUUAUCCUUCUUUGCCUUAUCUCUUGUAAAAAUGUUGCCUCCCCUGGGAACUAUUAAUUGAUUAAUUAGGGCCAGAGUACAUACAUAGAAGCAGCCUCUGUUCUCUGCUCUGCUACUGACUUGCUCCAUGACCCUGAGGAAGGCAUGUAAUUAUGCUUCUGUUUCUGGACAAUGGGAGUAAUGAAAGCCACUGUGGCUAGAGUGCGCUGUUACAAAAGCAUCUAAUCAUGGCACAUAUGCAGUGGCAGACCAAUGGAGAGGUUGCCAUGGCGCAUCAUCUUCGAAUUUUGGGUGAGCACCAAUAAAUUAAAGUGAAAGCUUUUGACAAUCUGCCCCCUCCCCUCCCCUAAAAAAAAACCCUAUUACAUAGCAAGCUGCCUCCUUCCUCCAAAAUCAGUAUUAAUCCAGAGGUGAUAUCCUCUUUUCCUUGGAGUUAUAGACCCACUGCAAAGGACCAUAUCACACUAUAUUGGGCAGGAGGGGGAGAGUUUCCACAACUAUGUGGAAAGUCCAUUUAGGAGCUACUCUGUCAUUCCCAUUAUGGCCUAUGGUUAGAUUUUUAAAAAAUAUCUACAUGUCCUAAGAGCACAGUUUUUGGUGAGUGAUGCUCCUAAGUCUCAUAUGCUUUUGACAAUCUCCCCUUCCAUGGGUAGUGAUUCAGUGUCCUUAUUCAGUGGAGGUGAUGGGCUGUGCUGGUGUUCACCAUGCCUGCACCCACUGCAUGCUGCUGGUCCUCACUGCUGCAUUGUGGAAUUCAUCGGAGACUCAAAUGAAACUCUUUGCUGCUUCUUUGUGUGAAAGGACAUCUGAGCACUGCCGAGCUUCCCUGCGGAGAAAUCAUGGCCAUUUUCCAAGUUGUAUGUCAUACCUCUAGGAUGCUCACUGGUGAGCGGCCCUGAAAAGAGCACAUGCUUGCUGCUGCGAUACAUGGAUUCCUAGCUCUGGUGUUUUAUCCUACACUAGUUUCUAAAGGCUGCAGUAGCACAAUUUUUGCUGUUAGUUGCUUGUAGGAGGGAAAGCGCCAGGAUUGUAAGGGUUAAAAGCCAAUGCAGCUGCUAGGGAAGUAAAAAAGAUAUUUUUCAAAGCCAUCAUUCAGGCCUUUUUGCAUUACUGGAGGGCAGAGGGACUAACAGAGGAGGCAUGAACUGCAGAGCAUGGAGUGGAGUUUUCAAGCAAGAACUCAUGUAAUAUGAAGGGUGCACAGGAUUGCUGAAAGACAAGUUCCAGCGUACACGUGACACUCUGCCUUCUGUGACUUUUAUUGCUGAGAUUUUCAUUUGGCCUGAAAUAUGCACUGUAUUUUUUUUAAAAACUGAAGAGGUUUGCAGAGGUUUUUUCCAAAUGACUAACAGUCACAAGGGAAAAAAAAGUUUUGUGUAGGGGGCAUCCCCUUUUAAUCAUCCUCCCCAUCCCCUUUCUUAGACACAGACUUACCAUAACUACAAAGACAAUCAUUUUGUAGGGAUAAGGGAGGAAGCACUGCAGGGUUUUGUAUGUUGGCAGUUUGUUUAUAUACAAAGUAUAUAGGACCUGUCUGUUCAACUAUCUAUUUUUUUUCCAGGCACAUAAUAAAAACAUCCUCUGCUACACA